AACCUCAGGUUCAGCGGUAAAAGGACUUUUCGGUGGUGCGGAGGUGCUGGUAACUCUGGUGCCUCUCUUUUGUGUGUGGAACUCGUUGGGAGAAGUUAACUUGGAAACUGUGAUAGUUUUAAGACUAACGUGCGUACGUAUAGUUUCUUCGGUGUUCUUUAGUCAGUAAUAUAUCAUUCCAAUAACAAGUGCGCAAUUUUGGGUGUAAUCAUAAGUAAAAAAGGAGGCCCAAGUCGUUGUUGCAGUCACAGAGCCCACAGCUGGUUUUCACCAGCCACCUCUUCCUCUCGGUGGAGCCGCGGCGACACAACAAAAUGGCUGCUUCACAUUGUUAGACAGUGCGCUGGUCCACCGUAUUGGGUGUGAGGCAAAAAUUUGACUUUUGUGAGCGACUGACUUGGUUUCCUUACCAUCGUCACUCAUCUUUCUUUUCUUUUUUGCCCAAAAUUUGUUUUUUGGUAUUCUGGUUCGAGAUAUAAAUAUUAUUUCUAUUGCUCGCAUUGUUGCGAUAACUUUGGCCAGAAAAUGUCGAGCCUAGUGCGGCCUCCCGAAUUCGUGAUUGCACAGAAAUACCGCCUUGUCAGAAAAAUUGGCAGCGGUUCGUUCGGUGACAUUUAUCUUGCCAUUAAUAUUGCCACCGGAGAGGAAGUUGCCGUGAAGUUGGAGCCCAUGAAAGCAAGACAUCCACAAUUGUUGUAUGAGAGUAAACUUUAUAAAGUCUUGCAAGGUGGCCUCGGUAUUCCACAUAUAAGAUGGUAUGGUCAAGAACGAGACUACAACGUACUGGUGAUGGAUCUUUUGGGUCCAUCAUUAGAGGAUUUGUUUAAUUUCUGCUCCCGCCGUUUCACUAUGAAGACGGUGUUGAUGUUGGCUGAUCAGAUGAUUGGCCGAAUCGAAUAUGUCCACUCGAAAAACUUUAUUCAUCGCGAUAUCAAACCCGACAACUUCCUCAUGGGUAUUGGUCGCCAUUGUAACAAGUUAUUUCUGAUAGAUUAUGGCCUGGCCAAGAAGUACCGCGACUCACGCACUCGCCUGCAUAUCUCGUACCGAGAGGACAAAAACCUGACCGGGACUGCUCGCUAUGCUUCCAUCAACGCCCAUUUAGGCAUUGAACAAAGCCGUCGCGACGAUAUGGAGUCAAUGGGCUAUGUCUUAAUGUACUUCAACCGUGGAAGUUUGCCCUGGCAGGGACUCAAGGCGGCCACCAAGAAACAAAAAUAUGAGAAAAUUAGCGAGAAGAAAAUGUCUACGCCGGUGGAAGUCCUUUGCAAGGGCUUCCCAGCGGAAUUCGCCAUGUACUUGAAUUAUUGUCGUGGCUUGCGCUUCGAAGAGCAACCCGACUACAUGUAUCUGAGACAAUUGUUUCGGAUUUUAUUCCGUACACUAAACCAUCAGUACGACUACACCUUCGAUUGGACCAUGCUUAAACAAAAGGCAGCGGCCUCGGCUGCAGUCAUAGGAGGCAGCUCAUCACAGGCAAUGCAACCCCUUCCCGCCCCAGCAGACGAUCGCGAACUGCGCGAGGUCCGUGAGCGAGAGGUUGCCGCUCGUAAGUGACUGGCUGGCAGCGGGGGGCGGGGUACGGUCGAUAGGGAGGCGGAACCCAAGGCGCCCAAAGCCGCCAGAACUCAGGAGGCGCGCGACAACGAUCCGGGAGAAUCGCCUGCCGACACCCGUCCGCCAGUGAUGACCAACACCCCCACCGACAAGCGCGUCCUGCGCUCGGCCUCCCGCAGAGGGAAAUGAUGGCGUUCACAUGUCUGUGUUGAUCUAUUGGAGUGAAAUUGCAACAACCACCACAAAAGAAACACAUAACAAACACCUUAAAACAUAUUUUUUUCGUGUCGCGAUUUACAUUAGGUUUAAGAUUUCAGUAAAAGAAACAAAACAAACCAACUCUUGUGGUUUUCAAGCAGCGAUUGUAUCUUUUUCUUGUAAUUGUCCUCGAGUGAAUUCCCUGUUUCCUGUAAUUCAUUUUAAAAACUGCUAGUUCUUUUUUUCUGAUUUUGUUGAACUCGCGAUAUAUCAUCAACAUCCCAUCAUCUACCAGCAACACAAACUGUUCAAUUUUACAUAGGUGUUGGCGGAAACCAAUUGUAGUGUUUAUCGAUACCCCAUUAUUAUUUUUUUUUCGUCCUUAAGAAAAAAGUGAUUCAUUUCUUUUGGUAACGUUUGCACUUCUGUUUCGAUAAUCAUUCUGUUGGGUUCACGUCAGAAAAAACGGUUAGAACCAAAUUAUCACCAUCAAUUCUCUCCAAUUCCUCUUGUGGUCUUGAUCACUUCUAUUAUUACCCUACCGUACUUUCACUCCUUUGUUUCUAUUGGAAACGAAGUUGUUCGCUCGGUUCGAUGAAAACUAAUGCUGCUGUCACCUCUCCUUUUUGGUUAUGUUUCCUCCGUAAAGCAAUCCGUUCUUACUUCGACUUGGGGGCAGAAUACACUUUUUUGAAAAUAA